CACUGAAAAUCACAGGAAGGGCACCAGGGUGGUGGAGGGAGGGAGGGACUGUCUCCACCUCACAACGUCUCCAACUCACGUUACCGAGUUAUACAGAAGUGAUUGAGUCAGCAUACAGCCAACCUGAGCCUGCCUCCUCAUCCAAAGGUGAUAAACCUCAGCUCAGAGACCCAUUAUGCUCUUUCAUCAACAUUUCACAUCACGCUGAAUUUCCGUUACGCACCACCACCUGUGUGCUGAUUCACAAAUGGGAAGGUGCAGCGGCGUGCCGCAGCUACGCCCGGUCGGUCGGUCGGUGCGGUGAGUGACGGCGGCAGCUGCGGAGCUGGAAGAAAAAUCUUCUCAUGGGACUUCGUGGUUGUGCAGCGCCUGAUCCGGAGGCAACGUGAGGAGCGCACAUACCUCUAGAAAAACGGGCGACAACAAGACUGUCCCUCCUGCGCCCGACAGCUGCCGAGGAGCUGAGACCGGUGAGCACCGACCUGUAAGAAAAGGGGCAGCUGGAGAGAGGUAGCACAGCAGAUACACCUCUUCAAAGCCAAACGCCUGUAGGUGCGUAGUAUGGGAGCACUAUGUUGUCCAGGAAAGGAAUCAUUCCUGAAGAUUACUUGCUUACACGUUUGGCUGAAGAUGUCCUGCAGCCCAAGUUCAAGGCCAAACCGGGGAAAGCUCGGUUCGUUGCCAAGAAUGGCACCUGCAAUGUGGCACACACCAACAUCCGUGAACAGGGCCGAUUCUUGCAGGACGUCUUCACCACUCUCGUGGAUUUAAAAUGGCUCCACACGAUCAUCAUUUUCACCAUGUCCUUCUUGUGCAGCUGGCUUCUUUUCGGGAUGAUCUGGUGGCUCGUUGCCUUUGCGCACGGCGAUUUAGACCAAAGAGGAGACGACUUUGUCCCGUGCGUAACGGACAUUCACUCCUUCUCCUCCGCCUUCCUCUUCUCCAUAGAGGUCCAGGUGACCAUCGGCUUCGGGGGCCGGAUGAUCACGGAGGAGUGUGUCUCCGCCAUCAUCAUCCUGAUCGUGCAGAACAUCGUGGGUCUGGUCAUUAACGCCAUCAUGCUCGGCUGCAUCUUCAUGAAAACUGCGCAGGCCCACCGGCGCGCAGAGACGCUCAUUUUCAGCAAGCACGCAGUCAUCUCCGUCCGCAACAACAAACUGUGCUUCAUGAUCCGCAUCGGGGAUCUGAGGAAAAGCAUGAUCAUCAGCGCCACCGUACGGAUGCAGGUGGUCAGGAGAACCACAACCGAGGAGGGCGAGGUGGUGCCUCUAGACCAGAUCGACAUCCACAUGGACAACCCGGUGGGCACCAACGGCGUCUUCCUGGUGUCCCCCCUCAUCAUCUGUCACGUGAUCGACAAGGACAGCCCCCUGUAUAACCUUUCAGCCUUUGACCUGCAGCACGAGGACAUCGAGGUGAUCGUGGUGCUGGAGGGAGUCGUGGAGACUACGGGCAUCACCACGCAAGCCAGGACCUCGUACGUGGCGGAGGAGAUCCUCUGGGGGCAACGUUUCGUUCCCACGGUCUCCGAGGAGGACGGCAUGUACGCGGUGGACUACUCCAAGUUCGGUAACACCAUAAAGGUCCCGACACCGUGCUGCAGCGCCAAGAAACUGGAUGCGGCAGGUGGCAUCGCUCAAUUCAAGCUGAACGAGGGCGUCACCUUGCGGGCGUCUGUGAGAAGGCGGCGGUCCGCGGUGGUCCGCAGGACCAGGCUGGAGAGCUAGCAAACUGAUGAUCCACGUGAACCACGUCUGCCAGCACUUUGUAUGAUAAUUGAUUAAGUACGGGGUUAAUUAAAUAACAGAAUCAUAUUUAUUUUAUGACGAAUAUAUGGCAUGAUAUGGAUUACCUGUAAUCAAUGAUCCACAUCACGUUUCUCCACGCAGUGAAAGAUAUGCACACAUCAUGAUUUUUACUCAGGGUCAGUGUGAAAACGCACAAAGGUUUAUGAGAUGUGACUGUUAGACAACCUGAAGAGAUCUGGAGUCCAGGGUUAAGAGAAAGUCUAGUUUGGAUGUGUUUUAUCCUUUUUUCAAUUAAGUGUGACUGCAUAUAUCUAAAAUUAAUAAAGGCGAUUGCUUCAUGUAAAGUGCGUUGUGGAUGGAGAGGCCAAAUAAUGUGACUUUAUGAGACAGACUGGUUUGUUUAGUGUUGCAUUUCCAUGCAUAGGCAUAGCUGGACUGAUUCUGGAUUUUUGAAGCCAGUGUCGAAAUUUAAAAAAAAAAAAAAAUCAAUGAUCCAUUGGAUACUUUGAUAAGAAUCCUGUAAAUCUGGUUAGAAAAGAAUUAUACCUAAACACUGUGAGACAACUUACAGAUGGAAAAUUUGUAAAU